GCUUCAUUUACAUUCGUAGUUCAGUGUUCUGGACCAAUUUACUCCGAUUUAUUCGCAUAAAUACGAUUAUUUAUCACUUGUGAGAGUUCUAAUUGAUCAGAGAAUUCAAAGAGCUUUCAAACGGGACUUUAAUCGACUGAUUUCAUGGUGGAUUCGGGAACUUGCAGUCGUUUUCUUCAACAGUGAUGAUCUUCGCGGUUAUCUUCAUUCAGGGGAGCGAAUUAGGGCUUUCUGGGAUUUAUUAUUGAUUCUAUGCUAUGACUUGGUGCUCAAUCUUUUCAUGGAGGGAUUUGGUUCAGGAAUCUGGCAGUUGGUGGUGUUCUUAUAAGGAGUUGGGAUCAACGUGGAUAUUCUAGGACGUUUUUUUUUUUGAUGGGUGAUGCCCUUUCUCUCAAAAAGGAUCCCAAAUUUUGAAGCAUCUUGUUACGAAGUUGUUGUUUGAUUGGUAUUUCGCUGAAGUUCGAGGUACUUACCUGGAUUGAAUACCAAUGAUCCACUGAAGAAUGGUUUUUGUUCAGCAAACUGCCCAAAUUAGGGCUUAUUUUGUCUAUCUUGUGACCAGCUGGGAUUUUUAGGGCUCAACAGUGGGACUUCUUUCCUGAAAAUGGUUUUAUAGUUUGUUAGUUGAUCAACUUGGUUUCAUCAAUAACAAGCUAACGAUAUAGCAAUCUUUUCCGUUGUUCAAAUAUUUGCUGGUUCAACUGUAUCAUAGCUUAGGAUACAGUUUCUUCUCCUAUAAAUGGCGGGGGGUUUUUAAGGUGAAAUUACUCGCACAUGCUUGUUGGGUACUUUGAGUUACGAUUUCUGGGUUGGACUUUAAAGUUGAUUCUAAGAUGGCCGGACUCAAAUCGAAACUUAGAGUUGCAUUGGUGGUUGUAUUAUGUAUCUGGAUUGGUUUGGCUGCAUUGUAUGGCUUGCUAAAGCCUGUACCCAAUGGUUGUAACAUGACUUAUAUGUACCCAACUUACAUUCCAAUCUCUACACCGCCAAAUGUUUCGUCUGAGAAAUAUGGGUUGUUUUUGUAUCAUGAAGGGUGGAAAAAGAUUAAUUUCAGUGAGCACUUGACAAAGCUGAGUGGUGUUCCUGUUCUUUUUAUCCCUGGAAACGGUGGAAGCUACAAACAGGUGCGUUCUUUGGCAGCGGAAUCUGAUAGGGCUUAUCAAGGGGGUCCACUUGAGCCUACAUUUUACCAAGAUGCUGCAUUUACACCGGAAGAGGGAGGGAACGAUAUCUCUUCUAGAGACUUGGAAAAUUUUAUACCACCGAACCAGUAUCCAUGCAUGCUUGAUUGGUUUGCUGUGGAUCUUGAAGGGGAGCAUUCUGCAAUGGAUGGGCGUAUACUUGAAGAACAUACUGAGUAUGUGGUGUAUGCUGUUCAUCGGAUACUGGAUCAAUACCAGGAGUCUCGUGAUGCACGGUCUAAGGAAGGUGCUGACAAUUUUGGAAGCUUGCCCAGAAGUGUGAUAUUGGUUGGCCACUCAAUGGGUGGUUUUGUUGCUCGAGCUGUAAUUGUUCACCCUCAUUUAAGGAAGUCCGCAGUUGAAACUAUUGUGACUCUUUCGAGUCCACACCAGUCCCCUCCAGUUGCAUUGCAGCCAUCUUUAGGUCAUUUCUUUUCACGAGUAAAUCAUGCUUGGAGAAAGGGAUACGAGAUCCAGACUUCUCGCUCAGGGAGAUGGCUUUCUGAUCCACUUCUGUCUAAUGUCAUUGUUGUCUCAAUAACUGGGGGCAUUCGUGAUUACCAGGUUCGGUCAAAGUUGGCAUCACUAGAUGGUAUUAUACCUCCCAGUCAUGGUUUUAUGAUUGGUACCCCAGGUAUGAAGAAUGUGUGGCUUUCAAUGGAGCAUCAAUCUAUUUUAUGGUGUAAUCAACUAGUCAUCCAGGUGUCACACACGCUUUUGAGUUUGGUUGAUGCUGAAUCUGGUCAACCAUUCCCUACUACACGCAAAAGGCUAGAUGUAUUCAUGAAAAUGCUUCGGAGUGGGAUACCACAGAGUUUUAAUUGGAUGAAGUGCGCUCAACGUUCCUAUGAUUCCAAGCACUUGUCUGUAGAGAAUGAAGAGAAUAUUGCUGGAUCAAGGGCAAUUAUGAGUAACUCUCCUUGCCCUAGCUCUGUUCAUUGGACUGAUGACAGCCUUGAGAGAGAUUUAUACAUCAGUAUACCCACAGUGACUGUUUUGGCAAUGGAUGGGAGGAGGCGGUGGAUGGACAUAAUGAAACUGGGAUCAAAUGGGAAGGAUCACUUUGUAUUCGUUACAAACCUUGCGCCCUGUUCUGGUGUCAGGCUUCACCUUUGGCCUGAGAGGAGAAAAUCACAAACCGAAGAUGAAGUUCCUGCAAGUACAAGAGUUGUUGAGGUGACAUCAAAGAUGCUUAACAUUCCCGCUGGACCAGCACCAAGGCAGAUUGAGCCUGGAAGUCAAACUGAACAGGCUCCUCCGUCUGCUGUUCUGCAACUGGGCCCGGAAGAGUUGCAUGGUUUUCGAUACUUGACAAUUUCAGUUGCACCUCGUCCGACUGUAUCUGGUCGUCCUCCUCCUGCAGCUUCGAUGGCGGUUGGACAAUUCUUUAAUCCAAAAGAAGGGGAAAAGAAAUUCUCUCCACAGUCACUGCUUCUUUCUAGCUACAUGCAAGAGGAAAUUGUGUUAAAAGAAGAUCACCCUCUGGUUUUGAAUUUCUCAUUCGCAAUAAGCUUGGGCCUUUUGCCUGUUACAUUAUCACUAUCUACUAUAGGUUGCGGCAUUAAAAAUUCUGGGCUCCCUGUUGAACAAGCUGGUGAUGUGGAACAUAGCAGUCUUUGCAAGUUGCGUUGCUUCCCACCUGUGGCACUUGUUUGGGAUUCAACAUCUGGUCUGCAUGUCAUCCCUAAUUUGUAUUCUGAAACAAUUGCUGUGGACUCGUCGCCUGCAUUCUGGGGAUCAGCGGCCCUAAGGUCUCAAACAACUACAGCUUUCUUAAUGGUGGAUCCACAUUGUUCCUAUAGAGUGAGGAUAGCUGUGUCUCUAACUGCUGCAGCCAGUAGAUUUUUGCUUUUGCAUGGAACACAGACUGUCGGAUUGUGCAUUGCAGUCUUAUUUUUUGCUCUGGCACGGCAAGCUCGGGCAUGGGAGCUUGAUUUACCAAUGCCCUCAAUUUUGAUGGCUGUUGAAUCUAAUCUGUGGAUGUUGUUACCGUUUCUUGUAAUGGCUCUUGGGCCUAUGGUUGUUUUUGUGGUCUUCUCCUUGUUCACCUCUCAGCCAUCUCGUUUGUUUUCUAUCUUCAUCAUUGUCACUAUGCUGUGCUAUGCAUUUGCCAAUGGGGCUAUGAUCAUUCUGAUCUUCUGCUCCCAGAUGGUCUUUCAUGUGGCUGCAACUGUUCAAGUCUUUAUGAAACAAAGAUGGCAUGCGUGGGAGGAGAGUUUCCCCAUGAUAUUUCGUAGUCAGUGUUUUACCUUCUUAUCGUCAUUUAAGGUGGUGCGUGUUUUGAAAGGAAAUCCAACUCUCAUUGUGGCUUUGAUUGCAAUCUCAUUGGUCUGCUUUGUUCAUCCCGCACUUGGACUGAUUGUACUACUACUAUCACAUGCUUCAAAUUGUCACACUGCUCUGUGCAGUUUUUUGGCGGCUUCCUUUCGCAGUCAUACACAAAGAAAGGAAAAUUUGCAGAAUACAUGGAGCCAUGGUGAUGUAUCUUCUCGAUCAAGAUCCAACAAUGUAACACAUGAUCCUCUUCUACCAUUGGAUGAGCACAGUUCUGGCAGCCCAAACUCAGCUAAGAGCUUUGGUGAUACACAGCUUGAGGCCUUCCAAUAUCGCUUGGGCCUCCUCCUAUUGCACUUGACUGCAACACUCAUGCUUGUUCCAUCCCUUAUUGCUUGGGGCCAGAGAAUAGGGAUGGAUCAGAGCAUUCCCUGGUUUGCAGAUUCACUUCUCUCACUAGGCAUCAUCCUUCAUGGAGUCAGUGGAGUGAAACCAGAUUGUAAUGCGCUUUUGUUCCCAUCUCCAAUGGCACGAGGUCGACAAAUGGGUUUAAGUGCUGUUUACUUCCUCUCUGGUUAUUAUUGCUAUCUCUCUGGCUUGGCCUCAGCCCCUUAUCGAGCUUUCUAUGCGAUGGCGGCUGUUGGUAUUAUUUCAAUGGCUUUUGGAGUUAUUGUGAGAAGAAGCCGAGAAAACAGAGAUGGGCAUUUUAUUAGUCGGAAACAUUCUCACAAGCAUUGAGAGCCUCAGUGUGUGUUUCUUCCUUGGAUGUGGGGAGAAUGUAAUAUGUGCCGCUCGGUGGCUGGAUUUUGGGGUCUUUAUUGGCAUAGCAUGGAAAGCUACCUUGAGAUACGACAUCUAACCACGGCUCGUGAUUUUUUGGGUUCAGUUCAGGUUGUGUAAUUUGAAUAUCUCUCUCUCUCUCUCUCUCUUUCAUAUUGAGAAACUGUUAGAUAUGUUUUCCUCCAUAAUUUUUGUGAAGUAUUUUUUGCGUAAAGGAGAGGAGAGAUUUUGUCAAUCUUAGGUUGCAAGCAUUUUUAUGACUGAAUGAGCAAAUAUUUACUUCUGAUC